AUAAAAAUCUACAGUGACCAACAGUUACGUCAAUCAAAAAUCUAAGAAUCAACAUGGAUAAAACAUUCAAAGGAGAUCCAUUGGAAUAUUUCCCAUACGAAAUAUCUGAAAAAAUCUUGUUAUAUUUACCAGUAAAGAACUUAAUGAGAGUAUCAGCAGUUAAUUCAUUGUGGUAUGACUUCAUUGGACAAUCAAAGAAUUUGAUGAAAAAUGUCAAGGUUAAGAUGCAAAGAAAAGCUAUCAACCCAACAUUAACAAGUACAAGGAACUACGAAACAUUAGAAAUUAAUAAUAUGGAUGGCUGUAUGGACGCAAUAUAUGAGCAGUUAAAAUCACGUAAAUGGAGCAACAUAAUUAUCAAUGAUAUGACAUUUCUGACAACGGAACAAGCAGUUAAGCUGUUCUCAUUAAUUCAAGAAAGUGUCAAAUCUUUAGAUAUUCGGGACUGUUUUCUAUACUCAAAUAUUGUUAACAAGAAUCAUGGCUUAAUGUUUCCAAAUUUAAAGAUAUUCUCAGCAACAACCACAGAAUAUUCAUUCAAACUUAUUGAAUUGUUUCAAAAUGUUCGGCACUUGACACAAUUUGACUUAAUCUCGAAUGGACUAAGCGUAGCUGGUUUUAUUACAGCCAAUAACAUCCUUAAUACAAAUGAGAAAUUGGAGAUUUUAAGUAUUUCAAAUACACUUUUUAAUCCACUAUUUAUUGAAAAAAUCACAAUUCCAUCCAAGAUUAAGAAAUUGUCACUUUUACAUGAUAGUUAUCAUGAAGACGGUUACUAUGAUAAAUAUUAUACAAAUCUCAUUUCAUUGCUACAUCAGCAUUCUGAUAGUUUGGAGACUAUUAUAAUUGAUGAGCAUGUGAAUGAAGAUGUCGUUAAAGUAAUCUUUAAAUUACCAAAGCUCAAACAUUUAAAAAUCACAGGAUUUACAAAACCAGAUGUAAUGGACGUCUGCAAUGACUUGAAACUAACCAGAAACACAUCUAUUGAGGAACUUGACAUCUUAGUGGGACCUAAAAGCUAUAAAAUAAUCAAGACAAUGAUUGUUGCUGCACCAAAUUUAAAUUCUCUGUCGGUUUUAUUCAUUAAUUCCAAAACUUUGAAGUUCAUCAGUCAAAACUCACCAAACCUUAGAAAACUAUCAAUUGAGUACCUUAACAUCGCAUACUUACCACGAGAUGAUGCUUUCAAGAAUCUCGAACAUUUGGAUGUUCAGAAUUACAAGCCAUCAUUAAGAAAAAAUCUCCUUAGAAAAAACUUUUAUGCUUUAAGUCAUUUUGAAAAGUUGAUGUUCCUCAUUCUGAUUCGCCAAAAAUUUGUACAUAUUUAAAAAAUUGACUUUUAAUAA